AAUACCUAGUUCUAGAAAAAGGUAAAUUUCAAGUUCAAUCAUCACCGCCCGCUCAGCUCAACGCUUUUUGUUUUGUCUGUCUACAUGAAUUGCAAAGCAAGUAAAGGAUAAUUAAUUAUUUGUAAUUUAUAAUACAGAUAGGUCUUUAUUUGGCUGUAUCUGUAUCUAUUUCUUUUGAGCGAAAUGACCCUCAAUCUUGGCAGAAAGGACGGUGGUCCGGGUUAUGUUGGCAUCCAAUUUUGUCUAGAAUGCAAUAACAUGUUAUAUCCGCGCGAAGAUAAAAACAACAAAGUUUUAUUGUAUGCUUGUCGGAAUUGUGACUAUAAGCAACUCGCUGAUUCAAAUUGUGUAUACGUGAACAAAAUUAUGCACGAAGUAGACGAAUUGACCCAUAUAAACCCAGAUGUGGUUAGUGAUCCUACGUUACCGCGCACCAAAGAUCAUAUGUGCCCUAAAUGCAGUCACAGAGAAGCGGUGUUCUUCCAGGGUCAGACAAGACGUGCUGAGGAAGAGAUGAGAUUAUACUAUGUGUGCACCAGUUGUAAACAUAGAUGGACUGAGUGAACAAUUUACAUUAUGACUGAAAUCAUUUCAACUAAUUGUAAGUACAAUAAAGUAAUCAACAGAAGUCAGUGCUUUAUUUUAUAAUGGUGUGGAUGAAAAGACAUUGAGUAGGAAUGUGAUGGCUGACCUCAUUCAAAAUGGGGUUUUAUAAAAAAUGAGAGACAGUAUCAGUCUUUGUUUCUCUUCAUCUUGAAAUAGUUAAUAUGUGGUCAAUAUUAAAUGAAUGCUAUGGAUUUUUUCUGAACUUCUAUGAGUUUAGCAAAAUCUAAUCACAUAUCUGAUCUGUCUAUCUGAAAAUCUGUAACCAUAUCUGAUGUUAUGGAACCUGGAUAUGGAAAAUAAAUACUCUAUAUUUUUGAUGACACCUGCAUUGUACCUGGGUUGUACUUUAAAAUCAAACUAUCAUUAACUUAAGUACUUUUUAUUUCCACUAAAAAUAUUGCCAAGCCAAUUCUGUUCUAAUAAUAACAGUUAACAAUUCACAGCCAUUGAUCAAUUAAAUUAACAAAUGUGGAUUUAUUACACUACAUCCAAAACCAGGACAACACUAGCCACCUAAUAUUCCAUAAUAAUUCUAUACGGUUUAACCAAUAUUAACAAUAUCUAAGUCCUAGUGAUGCUACAAAUUUUGGGCUUUUUAGGCAAACAGUGUUUUUAUUAAUUUUGGCACAUUAAUUUUUUAGGCUGGGCACUGCUUUGUAUAAUGUAAUUGUAUUAUAUUUUUGAUUCCCCUAAGAUAAAUUUUGUAUUUGUAAUUUUUUUCUGUAUUUUGAUCUUUUGGUAUUACAUCUUUCGUUUAUUUGUUGUAAAAUCAAAUAACAUUGCCCAAAAAUUAAUUUAAUUAAUUUUGGAUUUCUAUUGAAAACUAUAUACCUACAGCAAUAUUCAUCUUGUAUAUACCUAUUUGGGGAAAAUGUUUUGUGCAUUAUUAACAACUUUUCACAACAUACUAAAAGCAUAGGCAGUUGUGAUACCUAUAUCACUAAAAUUAUCUAUUUCAAGCAAAAAUGAUCUUUAAUCUCUUCACAAUAAAUAUUUAGAUUCUACUGAGGAUUUUUCUUUAGGUACAGUCAAGAACAAAAAACUGUAUUGACAAAAUAAUUAACUUCCUAAUGAUUUUUAUAAAUUGUUGAUAACUUGUUUGUUUUGAAUAUCUAUAAACUUUAGGGGAAGCCUGAUCAUUAAUGUUGUAAUAUUAAAAAUUAAUUGUUCUAUGAACAAAACUAAUAGGUACUUGUUUGCAUUCGUUUUUCAGUGUUCAAACAAACCUUCAUAGUAUGUACGGGCUAGUUAUUAUAAAACUAAUAAACUUCACACUUUUUGUCAAUUUGUACAUAAAUGUUUUAUAACCUAAAAAUCUCUCAUUAUUUACCCAGAUAAUGCUUAUGACUAGACAAUAAUAACCGCCAAAGAUAUUGUUUAUAAAUUUUUAACAUUGAAAAGUCUUAGGAAGGAUUUAAAUAUAAAGCAUUAAUAUUUAAUAUCAGGUAAACUUAACAAUUGUACAUAUUUAAUAUCAUCAACCUCAUAGGAAGACGGUAUUUUUACAAAUUAAUGAACAGGAAUAUAUGAGGCAAGCUUAGCUUAGGAGCUCUAGAUAAAAGCUGCACAGCUAUAUAUUUUUUUUAUAAAAAAGAAACCACCAGGUAAACUUUUUUUUAAGUUUUUAUUUUAUUUUCCGCAAUGAUGACACAUGGUUUGAUUACUGUGCAGCAUUUGUUUGCUAGGCUGUUUAUUUUAUUAUCUUAAUAUUUUAUUUACUCUAUAAUGCCUACAAAUAAAGAAAGCUCCAGAGAUUCCAUCUCAAGUUUUCUAGCAUGUAUGUGUCUUAA